AUGAAAUUCUCUUUAGUACUUCUUGCCGUAGUGGCGUUAGUUAGUGGAGAUGAAAGUGAUAAUACAAUGGAGACAGCCAUCAACUUUAUCAAGGACUGCAGGGGCGAUUACUUCCUGUGUGUUAAGGAAAAAAUGCUGAGAAUUGUGGACAACGUGAGAGCUUCGCGGUCUAUUGCAAUUGUUGAUGGAAUUGUAUUAAAGGGGGAACCUGCUUUGAGGUCAGCUAAACAAUUGGAACCUCUGCCAAUUGACCCUAUCGCAAGAGACACAGAAGUCAACUAUAGGCUUUUAGAUGGAGUAGUCAACCUUUUUGAAACUCACGCCCUUGAGGUCAAAAUGAACGAGGCUGAUAAAGAAUCAUUCAAACGCUCCUUAGAAGAAGGUCGUGGUAAGAAAAAAGGAGGCAGCGGAAUGGGCGGUAUCAUCGGACUCCUUGGGGCUAAGCUUUUACUCGGAAAACUCUUCAUCGUCAAGCUGAUAGCUAUCAAAGCUCUGGCCACCGCUAAAAUAGCAUUAGUCCUUGCUGUAGUACUUUUCGUAGCCUAUUGCUUCAAACAGGACCACACUAAGACGACCUAUGAAGUGGUGCCUCACGCACAUCACCAUGAGUCCCAUCACCCAGUCCACGUUGAGCACGUUGCCCAUGACCUGGGAGGACAUGGUCAAGGCUACUCAAGCUACGGUUCCGACUGGAGCAAGAACAUCGAUGAUGGCCAGAACCUUGCCUACUCAGCAUACUCACCUCACUAA